UCUUACUUUGUACAUUUAUUCUAAAGUCGCAAAUGUACCUACCUACUAUAUUUGUAUAUGUCUUCAUUCAAUAAUACUGUACUUUGUGCUCUUGUGUCAUUGAAAUUGAACAAAUAAAUAACUUAUAUUAUACGUAUGCAGAUUGACAUGCCAAUAAAUAAUAUGUGAAGUGAUCAGUGCUUUUAAAGGUGGGAUUUGAGAUAAUAUGUGUGAUUGUUUAUGAAGUUAUUAUUCAAGUAUAAAUUGUACGAACUAAUUAGUACUCAAUUAAACGACAUAAAAAUAAGACGUAUUUCAUAUUGCGACCGACGAUAUUAUUAUACGUUAUGGAUCACUUCAUCGAAGAAGAAUUAAAAAUGAUUGUCAGCGAAGGUGCUUUCGGAAAAAACUGUAGCUUAGUGUCUUUCAAAUUAUAUAAUAGUAUGACUGGCAUAGACGAAUGGUGGUACAGAAGAAUAUUUUGUUACAUUAUAACUUCGGAUGGAUCACACUAUAACAUAAUGAUCAAGCUAAAGAUUCAAGAUUUAGCAUUGCGUAAUUAUAUUGCAAGUGACCUUUUAUUUAAAAAUGAAUUAAUUUUUUACGAAAAAAUUGCACCGUUCCUAUUAGAGUGCCGCGGACCAACAGUUAAUGAUGCACCUGCCCUAUUUCUACCAAAUUUUUUUUAUGGUCGUAACAAAUGCAGUGAAUUAAUAGAAAAUGAUUUAAUUGUUAUCGAAAAUGUUAAUGCUUUAGGAUAUUGUUUGAGUAAUGAGAAAGUGUUCUUGGACUACGAACAUUUGACAGUUGCACUCCAGACAAUAGCAAAGUUUCAUGGACUGUCGUAUACUGCCAAACACGUCAAAGAUCUGAGCGCAAUUCACGAAAUCGUAGAAAACGUUCACAAAGUACAGAUCGAAUCUAACGAUCAAUGGAUGGCUCAAAGCGAGUUUAUUAAAAAGUGCGGAAAACGAGGGUUAGGCCGGCUGUUAGAACGGGACGCGGACAAGUACAGAGACCACGUGCACAUUCGUCUCAUGAACGAGCUCUUAGGCGACGCAGACAAAACCUUCAUACAGACAUUGGAAGCUCGGGAACCACUGUCCGUCGUGUGCCAGGGCGAUUACCUCAGGUACACGUUGUUGUUCCUGUACGACGAGCACGGACACCCAUCCGACGCGACGUCCGUGGACUUUGGUACGGUUCACUAUGGGUCACCGGCACUGGACCUGUCGUCGUUCCUGUACAUGUCCACCACGCAGCAGAUGCGCGAGGCGCACUGGGACGACUUGCUGGACGCCUACUGCGCCGCGCUGGCCAACGCCGUCCAGCCCGGCGUCCGCGUCCCGGAUCGAGCCGAAAUCGAUGCCGAGAUGGCCGCGACUGCCGUCAACGGAUUCGCCAAAGCGUCGUUUACCCUGCCUUUCAUGUUGCACGACAGGAGUGAUUCGUUGGAUUCGUUGGCGACGAGUGACGACCCGGCGGACUACUUUCUGGCGUUGGGUGGCGACGUGGCGACAGAAUGCCUGGCUGACAUGGUUCAGCAUUUCGUUGACAUGGGCUACCCGGACGUGAGACGUGACCUAGUGCACUCAAAUCCGGUUGAGAAUCCCAACUCGUUGCACUGUCAGAGCUCUAAGGAGUUAAGCUAACUGAAUUGAAUUUGUACUUAUGUUUUUGGAAAUACAUUCCAUCCGAUAUUAUACUCUA